CUAAUUUUUAUAAAAACUUCACCUUCGUAUUCUAAUAAAAUUUUUAAAGAAAAAUACAACAAUGUGAUUACAGAAGAGAAAAAACUGGCAGGUUAUUCUAAAAAGCGGAAUAUAGAUCAAAGUGACGAGAACAAAAUUAAAAUCAAAAUUGAAUCAUGUUCUAUAGAAUAA